ACUAUUUCAUAGGAUAGGUGAUUAAUCAUAAAACUUAAUCAUCGGAUAUACGUGUUUCUGUGAUUAUACGCGUGAUUAUUUGAAUCUGUUGCAGAUAUGUGGUUAAAAUGAAUGUUUUUGUUUUAAUGGUUUUGUUUGGAGUGGACGUUUGUAUGGGGUGCGGAUGCUCCGAUCGGGUCACGCGGCGCGGUGACGAUGCCCUUCGUCUUUGUCUACGGGGCCGCCAUCUUGUCAUUGCUUACCGGCGACCGGCUCGCACCUAAAUUUCACCAAAACGCAACUGCAAACCGUUUAUCCGCGUCCCUGCCGUCUAAUUGCGGUGGUUUCGUUGCUUUGCACAUCCAGCAUUUUUGAACCCCACUGUAUUUUUACCCGCAUCUCAAGCUGCUUCACAGAGACGCGCUACCCGUGAGAGAAAAACUACUUAUAGAAACGGAUUAAAAAUAGGGAUAACACCGGAGGUUUUGUGUAAGAGUGGAAUACACGUGUGCUAGCUAGCUAUUUUUUUUUUUGGUAAAAUUUUCAAUAAAAAUGAGAGGAGGUUCUUCGUAUGGAGACAGAGAUAGACACCGCGGACGCGAUAGGAGUCCUCGCUUUGGGUCCAGUCGAAGUGGAUCAAAGUUUGGUACCCCUGGCGAGCGUCUGCGCAAGAAGAAAUGGGAUCUUGAUGAACUGCCCAAGUUUGAGAAGAACUUCUACACUGAGCACCCGGAGGUGCAGCAUAUGAGCCAGUAUGAAGUGGAGGAAUUCCGCAGGAAGAAGGAGAUCACCAUCAAGGGAUCUGGCUGUCCCAAACCGGUCACCAGUUUUAGUCAGGCACAGUUUCCUCAGUACGUGAUGGAUGUGCUGAUGCAGCAGAACUUCAAGGAGCCCACAGCCAUUCAGGCCCAAGGCUUCCCCCUGGCGUUGAGCGGGAGGGACAUGGUGGGAAUCGCUCAGACAGGCUCCGGAAAGACGUUGUCGUAUCUCCUGCCUGCCAUUGUGCACAUCAACCACCAGCCCUAUCUGGAGCGAGGAGAUGGACCUAUUUGCUUAGUUUUGGCUCCCACUCGAGAGUUGGCCCAACAGGUGCAGCAGGUGGCUUAUGACUACGGCAAAUCAUCCCGCAUCAAGAGCACCUGCGUGUAUGGAGGCGCACCUAAGGGCCCUCAGAUCCGGGACCUGGAGAGAGGAGUGGAGAUUUGCAUUGCCACCCCUGGCCGUCUUAUUGACUUUCUUGAAGCGGGCAAGACCAACUUGCGACGGUGCACCUACCUGGUGCUGGACGAGGCCGACCGCAUGCUGGACAUGGGCUUCGAGCCUCAGAUCCGCAAGAUUGUCGACCAGAUCCGGCCUGACCGGCAGACCCUGAUGUGGAGCGCCACCUGGCCAAAGGAGGUGCAGCGGCUUGCAGAGGACUUCCUGCGUGAAUACGUGCAGAUCAAUGUAGGAGCCCUGGAGCUAAGCGCCAACCACAACAUCCUGCAGAUUGUGGACGUGUGCAUGGAGAGCGAGAAGGACAACAAGCUGCUCCAGCUGAUGGAGGAGAUCAUGGCAGAGAAGGAGAACAAGACCAUCAUAUUUGUGGAGACGAAAAAGCGUUGCGAUGACCUCACCCGCAGGAUGAGGAGAGAUGGGUGGCCGGCAAUGUGCAUCCAUGGCGAUAAGAGCCAGCCAGAGCGAGACUGGGUUCUGUCAGAUGGUCACAGUCGGUACAUGCAUGCAGCAGUGAUAUACCAUCAGACCAGGAGAGGCCAGAUGUGUUGCAACAAUCACAAAUACAAGCAGUGUAGUGAAACAGAGUUCCGCAGCGGCAAAGCUCCUAUUCUCAUUGCUACUGAUGUCGCCUCCCGUGGUCUGGAUGUGGAGGAUGUGAAGUUUGUGAUCAAUUAUGACUACCCCAACUCUUCGGAGGACUACAUCCACCGCAUCGGCCGCACGGCGCGCAGCACCAACAAGGGCACCGCCUACACCUUCUUCACCCCGGGCAACCUGCGGCAGGCCCGUGAGCUUAUCCGGGUUCUGGAGGAGGCCCGACAGGCUAUCAACCCCAAGCUGCUGCAGCUGGUGGACUCUGGGCGUGGGGGCGGAGGGGGGCGCUCUCGCUUCCGGGGCAGUGGUUCCAACUCCAACAACCCCAACCUGAUGUACCAGGAAGAGUGUGACCGGCGUAUGCGUACGGUCGGCGGGGGGGACAAGGGCAGCCGGGGGGGCACCACCAACAACAGCAGCAGCAGCUUCAGCCGGGAUGGGAGAGGAGGGGGCGGGAGCCGGGAUGGGGACAGGUCGUCCUCUUCCUCAUCUUCAUCUUACAGGGACCGGAGCAGCAGUAGUCGGAGCGGGGGGAACUACGGCACGGGUUCUAACUCCGCGGCCUCCUUUGGUGGCACGGGGGACCAGUACCAGAGUGCCCAGUACAACUCCAGGGCUGGCUCUCAGUCCGGGGGGGGCACCGCUUCCGGAGGGAGCAGUGCGGGGGGGCAGGAUGCCUCGAGCCAGCAGCAGGGCCAGUUCGGCCGAGCCAGUCAGCCCCCACCGCCCCCUCCAAGUGGACCCCAGCCCCUGAUGGCACAGCAGUUCUCACCACCUCAGCCAAUGAUGGGCUUCAUGGGGCAGGGUCCGUACCCUUUUGCCCCUCCCCCUCCUCCCCCCCCUCCCCCACCCAGGAAGUAAAGAUGUCGUAACUCCCUGUCGUACUCUGUGUCAGUUGGGGAAGCUGACGCAGGCCCGAAUCCUUGUCACUGUAUAAAUUUUUAGGUAUGAUUAGGGAUUGGGGGGAAAUUAUAGGGCUAAUAUCGAGGGGGGUAUGAGUGAUUUUUGGGGGGGAACAAAACCAUCCCAUAAUAUCCUUGUGCAUGUACACCUGUUAGUUUGCACAGCAGGACACUCGUUCAGCUCUCAGAUGCCCUCUGUCUCAGCGAUGUUUGAAUGUUAUAGCUGCAGGUGAGCAUGUUGCUGACUGACCGCUGGGAGAUCGUUAUUUUACGAUACUCCUGUUGUUUAGUACUGUAUCCUCUGAAGUAAUAUUACCUUAAGACUGUCUCUUUGAUUCUGUAAAAACCAAGUGUGAGGAUAAGGUGGUCUGGGAGGGCUUCGGUCUUCAUGUCCGGCUGCAUGCUCCUUUGCACAUUUUGGCUGUGGAUGCGAAGGCCCCCAACCCAAAUAAGCAGCUGUUCAUUUUCCUUACGUACCUUGUGCUCUCCUGUCACUUUCUCUGCUAUCUGUACAGCAACUUAUUACCGUGUCUGCAGAUUGUCACCAAACGCCAUGCAAGUUUUGUUUUGGUGAAAAAAUUGGCGUUCACUUUGACUCAUUUCUCGUACGAGAGGUAAUUAUUAUUUUUUUUAAUUCCCUGUAAUACACACCUCCUGGUAUUGAGUUGGGGGAUGUAUGGAAGUGCAUUUUGCUUUUCUUUUUUUUUUGGAAAAGGUAGGUGCUUCAAAAUCUACUUAGAGACUUGAUAGAAGUGAUUGAGCUGCUGGCAGAUUUGCUUGUUGGCUUGUAGUGGUCAAAUUGCACAAUAGAAUCAUCCUUUUUAUUUGUACUGUGGACUCAAUUAUUUCAAAACUUGUCCAGUUACAUUGUGUUGCACUUAGGAAUGGGAUGUAAACUUGACAGCCAAAUGUAACUCUCCAGUGUGGUGUAGUAUUUAUUUUAUACUUUCUUGAAUUGCUGUUCAAAUAAUUAAUGGCUGCCAAAGGAAUUUUAUUCAUCCCAGUCUUAUGUAAGGUUAGGGUUAGGUUAGGGUUAGGGGAAUGUGGCAGCCUCAUUCCUCACCCCCCUCCCUCAAGCAGAUUUUGCAAGAUCUACUCUAUAUCCUUUUUAUAUUGGACUGUUCUGCUUUCCAGGUUCGAAUAAAGAUUUUGAACAUUCAGAGUGA